CUCACCUAGUCAUGGGCAGCGAUCCAUUAGUCGACACGAGCACCAACGAAGCAACAGAAGCGGCCAGCAAUGUCCUGCCUGACAGCAACAAGCAGGCAGCAGACGCGACCAGCAAUGUCCUGCCUGACAGCAACAAGCAGGCAGCAGACGCGGCCAGCAAUGUCCU